AUGUGUUCUGUUCAAUCUGCUAAGUUAAAGAAACCAGAGAAACCAGCUUGCGAGACCCGAUCAACACGAUUAACCCGAUCAACACAGCCAGUUGUGACUACUCGCUUUAGGGCACUUUCACUCUCCCCCUCACCUGACGAAUUUAUGGACGAUGAUUACUCGGAUAGUGCCAGCAUUCCUACUCCACACACCUCGACCGCUGCACGAAAGCGAAAGAACAAUCAUGAUGAUUACCCACAACGCCCCCAGAAGGUCCAACGUCGAACUCGAGCCCAAACCAGUAUCAAAGAAAGCCAGACAAAGGCAGUCACUCCUCGUACACCAAGUUCGACUGCAACCACACCUACAGCUUUUAAUAGCACCCCUUCCUCCUACCCUCCUUGGGUAGAGCUCCCUUAUCUUGUUCUAUUGUGCAUUUUCGACAAAGUGGCUGCACCGAUCCGUGAUCCUUCAUCCCGCCGAGAAGAUGUCUCCGAAGCCGUUAGCACCCUGUUAUCGGCUUCACGAACUUGCACUCCCUUCGCGGAACCUGCUUUAGCAGCCCUUUACAGAUGUCCUCCGUUUUACCAUCAGUGGCGCUACACCAAGGAUCCCUUCACGUCCAUGAACCAAUUUAUCACCACUCUGAACAUGGAUCCUGCCGAUACGAAGAUUAAGUACCGACCCAAGAUCGAGACUCUGUUGAUAGAAGUAGGCUCAGCUUUAGCCCCGAAGUACCAGACAAACUAUCUUGGCCUGCAGAAUGCGAUCCCGCUUCUUAAAAGUCUAUCCCGUGUAGACUUAUACCACGUAUCUGACGAGCCGCCCUAUCGUAGUCUGGAUGAGACCGUCCGAUUUAAGUGUAAUGCGAACGACACACUCAAAAUGCUGGCCGGCAGUGAGCAACACGAAGUUAGGCCUAGGGAACUGAAGAGUUGGCGUUGGAAUUCUCGCCUGACUGAUGACACAUUAUCUCUUGAAAAAUUAGAAGAAUUCCAUCUACACCCCAGUUUUGCCAGCCUCCAGAAGGUGGCCUUCGUCAACUAUCAGAUUGCUUCUUGGGGUCUACCGAUGAAAGCUCAGCUCACGGAGGAGAUGGAAAGAAAAAAUUAUCUCAAGAUGGUCCAACUUUCUGCCUGCAUAUCUGCUUUACCAAACCUGCAACAUCUCAUCUUAGAAUCCAGCACGCUAGUAACCGGCUCACUACUGAAUCGACUUCCAGUCACACUCCAACAUCUUGAACUCAUCAAUUGCUGGGAGGUGGUGGCUGAUGAUCUUGCCAGUUUCCUACUGACUCAUGGUCACCAUUUGCGAAGUCUCACAAUCAACCAUUGCCAGUCGUUGAGUCUAGCUUUUCUUCCUAUCCUACAGUCGGCCUGUCCGAAAUUAGAGUGCCUUUACAUGGAUCUAUCGUAUUUCCGACAUCAUGAGCACUACGCCGACAACAAACCGGAAUAUGAUACACUUCUUGAGGAGCACCAAGUGCCGGCAUGGCCCGCUUCGAUACAAUCCAUCGAAAUUCUACACAUGCGAAAGUGGGACUUCAAAGCAGCAGAGAUGUUUUUCGGAUCCUUGGUGCAGAGUGCUCCGAACCUUCCCAACCUUCGGCGCAUUGCGUUCAGGGUUGCACUGGACAUAGGCUGGCGCCAGCGCCAAGAACUUCGGGAAUUCUGGGUCGAGAAGAUGGUGGGAGUUUUCAAACGAAAGAUAAAGUCUGCCAAAGACAUGAAAGUGCUUAGCCUGCCUCCGACCAAAUCCGACGGGCAAGAUGAGAAGGAAUUUAAGAAUACGAAGGCUUUGUCCACGCCGAAGCGACGAAGCACUCGAAUAGCGAACAUCACACCAACACCUACUUCAUCGGAAGGCGAGAUGGGUUAUCUUAGUAAGGCUCAACUUGCGAGAGCCUCAGCUAUUAGCAAAGAGCUCCAGCGACUUAGAGGGAGCGGACUACUCCUCAAGGAGCGUCUACUUAGGGAACAGGACGCCGACGAUGAGGAUAGCGAAGAUGAACUCGCCGCUGACCAUUCUGAUCAAAGUGGAUUGAAUCGCAAAGUCAGAAAGGUCUCGAAACAUGUGCCAAAUGACGAUGAAUUUAUUCAUGGCAUGUGCGACGUAGUAGAUAUCCAAGUUGAUAAUCAUCGGCCUACGGAACGACACUUUGAUAUGGAAGAUUUCUUGGACUCUGAGGACGAAUCAGAUGAAGAAUGGGACGGUGGGGACGCGGACGUCUUCGAUUAA